AUGUUCAUCAAUCAAUUUUAUUUCGAAAAGAAAUCAUUUAUCCUUCGACUUUUUGUAAUAUGUCUAUUAUCUCUUAUAAUUUACAAACAAUGGAUUAUUUCUUACUCAAGUUAUAAAGCAUAUUUUUUUCAAGAAGACAAUGAACCUGUAGUUAAUCGAACACAUUAUCCAAAAGAAGCUUUUGUUACUUUUACAACUUCACGAGUAGAUUACAUUGAACUAUUGAAUGUUCUACUUGAUUCUGUACAUUUAUUUUCUACACGUUCAGUAAUCAUAUUUUCAAUUGAUUUUGAUUUAAUUAUUAAUCGUACACGACAUCCACGUGUUACAAUAGAACGUAUAUCACAUAAACAAUGUGGUCCAACAACAUAUGCAUGUAAAAUAUUAGCAAUGAUUUCUAGUGAAGUCAAUUAUGGUGUACAACUUGAAGUUGAUUCUGUUGUUAAUUAUAAUAUUGAUUUACUUUUCGAUAUGCUUCAUGUAUGGCCAUAUGAUCUUCCAUUAGGACCUAAACAUCCAGAUGAUCCAGGAAACUAUAAAUUUGAUAUGGAAGAUCAUAAAGUAAAAUAUCGAACAAUACCAUAUAUACAUGGAACAUUUGUAUGGACUUAUCGAGCUUAUCCAUUUCUUCGUCAUCUUUUAAAACUAAUGCAACGUGGAGCUUUUACGAAUGCAAAUUGUGAUGAAACAGGAAUGAAUGUUAUGUUAUGGAAAGCUAAAGCUAAUCAUACUCUAUGUAAAUAUGAUCCAUUUGGUUCAACCAAUAUCGAGAAAUAUGAACAAUCACAAAGUGCACCUAAAUGUUCACCCUAUUGUGAUGGAGUUUAUCUUAUUUUUCAUGGUCAAAAAGAAAGUUUUCUUUCCGAAAAUAUAUUAGAACGAUUGCGUACACUUGGUCCUAAUCAACCAUUUGUUCAAACACCUCAAGGUUUAAAAUGGUUUAAUGAUACAAAUAUUACAUGUUGUCAUCCAUCAGCAACAAGACCAUCACCAUUGCAUCCAUUAUUAUGUGAAUAUCAUAAAUAUAAUAAGACAUAA